AUGGAUAUUGAGGAACGGAAGCUCAUGCAGAGGGCCCAAAAGGCCAGUCAGUUCACUGACUUCGCUUUUCUCUGCAAAGGCACAGAGAUUCCCGUGCACAAAGUAAUCAUCUGUGCACAGUCCAAAGUUUUCAAUGCCGUUUGCACGAGUGGUUUCAAGGAAGCCAUAUCUGGAGUCUAUGACUUAAGCGAGUACCCUCUGGAGUUGGUUGAGAUGAUGGUCGAAUACUUCUACGUCGGGUACUACGAAGAUCCUAGUGCAGAUAUGUCCAAGGUGUCCCUUUCGACGCAUCUGUCGAUGCUGGUCUUGGCCGACAAUUACGACAUCCGAGGCCUUGAACGGCAGGCUAAGUUUUGUUUCAUCCGCCGACUGAAUGAGAAGAAUAUUGAGCUGAAAGAAUUUCUCGAUUCGCUUCCGGUUCUACUUCCUGAAGGAGGUGAUGUUGUCUAUCAUGAGUACCCCGGUAGCAUCAAGAUGUGGCGAUUGCAGCAAGUCAAGUCCUCCAUAUAA